AUGGACUCAGCGAAUUCAUUUGGGAACUCGCCAGGGUUCGUUAACCUCUUAGCAAGCCAAGAGGAUAACACUUUCAACUUUUCCCCAACCAUAGAUCUUAGCUCAUCCGAGGUUCCCUGCUUUAGUAGCCAACUUUCACAAGAUGAUCCAAGUCCUGUGACUAAAGAUCGUGUACCACGGAGGAUUUGGUCACCAGUUGAAGACAUUGUCCUAAUCAGCGCUUGGUUAAACACAAGCAAGGAUCCGGUGGUUGGUAAUGACCAAAAAGCUGGUGCUUUUUGGUCGCGCAUUCAGGGAUUCUUCAACAACAGCCCCAAGUUAGCCGACUAUCCGAACAGAGAGGCAACGACUUGCAAGCAGAGGUGGGGUCGUAUAAAUGACCAAGUAUGCAAGUUCAGCGGAUGUUAUGAGACCGCAUUGAAGCAGCAGACCAGCGGCCAGAACGACGACGAUUUGGUGAAAACAGCAGACCAGCUGUCUAAGCAAGAACUGCUUCAGUCGAAGCAUAAAAUGCUUGAGAUGCUCCUUUCUAAACCCGAGCCACUAUCAACAGUUAUUGAGGCUUUGAAGACUAAACUGAUUAACGAACUGCUGUGA